AAAAAAUUAUACUUCAAUUAACACUAAUUAGUAAAUUAAUGAAGAUUAACAAUUAGCUAGGGCAUACUCCUAGCUAUUAUAGUACUUAUAAAGAAUCUUCACAACUUUGACAACCAUUAAAUUCUUAAAAGUUUAUCAAAUGUGGCAAAUGGAGGUUAAAAUAUAUCCCUUUUUUUUUUACCAUAAAAGGUAAAGGGUGAAUGAAACUUUCCACAUUUUUUGAUGUAACACAGUAGUAGUUAGUACCAUCAUCCAACCACUUUCUCUCUCUUUUCCUCUCUAGGUUUUAAUUGGUGGAGCUAUCCAAUAAUAUCUUCCAACAACUAAUUAAAAAAAAUUUCUCCUCUUUUUUUUCUUCCCAAGAACAACAAGUGAACAGUGCUUAUUCGAUCUCAAAAUUAGGUAGUACUAGUAGUAGUUUCUUGAAGCAUCUAGUACUACAGCACAAUUAAUAUCUUCUGUAAUUCAGAAUGGCAAGAGAGAAGAUAAAGAUAAAGAAGAUAGAUAAUAUAACAGCAAGGCAAGUGACAUUUUCAAAGAGGAGAAGAGGGCUUUUCAAGAAAGCUGAGGAGCUUUCUGUUCUUUGUGAUGCUGAUGUUGCUCUCGUUAUUUUCUCUUCUACUGGAAAGCUUUUUGAAUUCGCUAGCUCCAGCAUGAAUGAUAUCCUUGGAAAAUAUAAGUUGCAGACAUCUAGCCAUGAGAAAGUUGACCAACCCUCCCUUGACUUACAGCUAGAGAAUAGCCUCAACAUGAGAUUAAGCAAGCAGGUAGCUGAUAAAACUCGUGAGCUCAGGCAGUUGAGAGGUGAGGAACUUGAAGGAUUGAGUUUAGAAGAACUACAACAAAUUGAGAAAAAACUUGAAGCUGGAUUCAGUCGUGUGCUUGAGAUUAAGGGUACAAGAAUUAUGGAUGAAAUUUCCAACCUUCAAAGAAAGGGUGCUGAGCUGAUGGAAGAAAACAAACAAUUGAAACAAAAAAUGGAAAUGAUGAGGGAAGGAAAGUUGCCCUUAUUGACAGACAUGGAUUGCAUGGUGAUGGAAGAAGGCCAAUCAUCUGAUUCUAUAAUUACAACUAAUAAUGUGUGCAGUAGUAAUAGUGGUCCUCCUCCUGAAGAUGAUUCCUCAAAUGCUUCUUUGAAGUUGAGUUGUAACAAUGGUCCUGCUGUUGAAGAUGAUUGCUCAAUUACAUCUUUGAAGCUAGGGCUACCAUUCAGCUAGCAAACUCGAAGGAGGAAGCUCAAAAUUGUACUAAUAAUUUGUAGAUGAAGACACUUCAUGCAAUGAGUGGUGGACUAUGUUGGAAUUGUCAUUGCUUGUACUAUGUAUUACGUAAUAUUAAGUAAGGACAAAAAUACAGAUGAAUUAACGGUUUCAUUUUGGGUUUUGUUUGGAGCGAUAUAUAGUGUAGCUUAUGAGUUAAUGUGAGUUCAAUAAUUUUGUCCUAA